UGGGGGUACUUUUGAAUUUGUGAGGAGUAAUUUUUCUUCUUUUAUUUUUCAUAUGCAAGUUUGCAACCUUUGGAAAGAGAAAAAGAAAACAAAACCAAAAUCAUGUUUGCUUAAUUGAGGUUCUACUUGUUCCUCUUCCUCGGCUUGUUUCGAAAAUUUAUCUUCAUGAAAAUUGAACAAUCACUUUCCAAAACCCUAAACAAGAUUACAAUUUCAUGAACAACAACAUGGCUGAUUCUAUCCCCAUUCACGAUGACCCAUCAACGAUUCCAUCACUCUCAACCGAUCAACCUAAUGAUGCAGGAAAUGAUGUGAAGUUGAGUUCUAAGGACCAGAGAGAUGCUCUGCCAGGUGAGCCAAAGUGUACUGUUUGUGGCCGGUAUGGUGAGUAUAUAUGCGAUGAAACUGACGACGAUGUUUGUAGUUUGGAAUGUAAACAGUCAGUACUAUGUCGAAUUUCUAAAUCCUCGUCUCGUGUUGGAGAUCUUCCACCACCUAAAAGGCUACCUGCAGCGGAUGUGUGUUUUUAUGUUAGAGAUACUGAUUGCAAAUCUGGCACGCCGUCUUCGAUAGGUGAUCAGAGUCAGGCUGAAUUGCUUCGGAAAAAACUUGACAUUCACGUCAAGGGUUUUGUAUCGGCACCGGUUUUGUCGUUCGCUUCCUGUAACCUCCCUGACAAACUCCUGCACAACAUCGAAGGAGCUGGAUAUGAGAUGCCUACGCCUGUACAAAUGCAAGCAAUCCCUGCUGCUUCGAUGGGGAAGAACAUGCUUGUUUUGGCCGAUACCGGAUCUGGAAAGUCUGCUUCGUUUCUUAUUCCAAUAAUUUCUCGUUGUGCGAGUCAUCGUUUGACUUAUGUUUCGGAUAAGAAAAAGCCUUUAGCUAUGGUGUUAACACCUACAAGAGAGCUCAGUAUACAGGUUGAAGAGCAUGCGAAAUUGCUCGGAAAAGGAUUGCCGUUUAAAACCGCACUUGUGGUUGGUGGUGAUGCAAUGGCUAGACAAAUCUACCGGAUUCAACAAGGAGUCGAGUUGAUUGUUGGAACACCGGGAAGGCUUGUUGAUCUUUUAACAAAGCAUGAGAUUGAUUUAGACGACGUAACGACUUUUGUUGUUGAUGAGGUGGAUUGCAUGCUUCAAAGGGGUUUCCGAGAUCAGGUCUUAGAGAUAUUUACGGCUUUGUCGCAACCUCAGGUCUUAAUGUAUUCGGCAACAAUGUCUGAUUCUUUAGAGAAUAUGGCGAACUCUCUCGCAAAAGAUACGGUGAUUAUAACCGUCGGCGAACCUAACAGACCAAAUAAGGCCGUGAAGCAGCUAGCUAUUUGGGUCGAGUCGAAACAAAAGAAACAGAAACUGUUUGACAUUUUAACAAGCCAGAAACAUUUUAAGCCACCUGUUGUAAUAUACGUCGGCUCGAGACUCGGGGCAGAUCUACUUGCAAAUGCAAUUUCAGUUUCAACAGGAAUGAGAGCCGUUUCGAUUCACGGCGAGAAGUCAAUGACUGAAAGGAGAGAAAUAAUGCAGUCAUUUAUGGUUGGCGAGUUCCCGGUGGUUGUGGCUACCGGAGUUUUGGGUAGGGGGGUCGAUCUAUUGGGUGUAAGACAAGUAAUUGUAUUCGACAUGCCGAAUUCCAUUAAGGAAUAUGUGCAUCAAAUAGGAAGGGCUUCUAGAAUGGGAGAGGAAGGUCAAGCCAUAGUUUUUGUAAAUGAUGAGAAUAAGAAUGUCUUUGCAGAGUUAGUUGACGUGUUAAAGUCGGGUGCGGCGGCCAUACCUAGGGAGCUUAUCAAUUCACAAUAUGCCACAGGAUUUUUCUCAGGGGGCAAGGGUUCUAAGAAGAGAAAGCAUAGAUGAUGAAUUUUCCUUUGAAAAUGCAUAUAGUACAUUAGAAAGUACAUGAAGAUUUCUUCAUAUUUAAGCUUGUAAUCAAUUAUAUAGAAUGAGAUUGAAGAAAAGUGCUAGAUUCUAUUGUCUCUAUGCUGUAUCAGAAAAUUGUUGCUGUAGAAUUUUACAUCUAUGCUCCCAUUUUCAAAAGAGAGCUGAUAUUUUGACUCAAAAACCGACAUUGUAGGUCGGACACCGUAUACAAACACGCUCCGAUCUUAUGUUUGUUUUUUACGAGUGAAAAAAUUAUUCGAAAAACUGUAUUUAUAUAGUGUUGGAUGUUGGAAUCUGUCAAAGAAAUGUUUCUGUUUUCAAAUAGAAUGAAUAUGCAGUUGUUUAUGCAGUUCCAGA